UUUCGUCGGUGUACGCGCGAACGCGCGUUCUACGAUAUGAUCCCCGUUUCCCGAAACGAAUUUUCGAUAUAUCCUUCCGCGAAAAAUAUUCCGAAUCUCUCUCUCUCUCUCUCGAUUAAUUUGCCGCGAUCCGAUAACGUUACCGUCGUUACGAGCAAUUGUAACGAAACGACGUACCAAACAAGUAAUAACGAAAUAAAGGAUUUUCUAGUACGUGAUUUGUUAUGAUUUCUAGAGGAAUAAGUUUCCAGCGCAGAAGAGGUAUCGCGGCGAUCGCUUCUCGAUUAUAAUCCGCUUUUCUAAUCGCUCUAACAAAAACGAUUUGGUUCGGCGUAAGAUCGGCAAAGUCGGUGCAAAAGAUAGCUCGAUAAUGCAUGUCUCGAAAGGCGAGCACUUGCCGAAAAGUAAAGCGGCGUCGAUUCGGGAGGAGCUGGAGGAACUGGGGGAGUCGAAGAUUUGCGAAGCGUCGUUUCACGGACAGCUGCCGAUCAACUAUUUGCUCGGCGGCGACGACUCGUCCAUCCUGAUGAAUUCCGUGGAGACGGGCGUGCUUCGCAAAAGCUUGAAAUCUCAUCAGCAGUUUCGCUGCGAAGGCUGCGACAGAAGUUACACGCGAAUAUACAGCUUGAAGCGGCAUCAAACGGAAUGCGACUCGUUCUGGGAGAAUUUGCAGGGCGAAACCGAAUGGUUUCAUCGACAAAAGUUUUAUUGCUCGCAGUGCGGCAGAGGUUACAAGAGAUUUCUCGUCGUUGCAGCUGGGCUACGGUUUGUCAUCGGGGUUUCAACUUUACGGCAACGCGAAUCUUUCGCAACAAGCGGACGCCAAGUAUUCGCGGCAAGACGGAUCUUUGAUCAACAUUUGUUUCGGUUGCGGAAAGAGGUACAAGUGGAGGGACAGUUUGUUGAGGCAUCAAAGGGUCGAGUGCGGUAACAAAGAGAAAAAGUUUUGCUGCAAACUGUGCCCGAAAAAGUUCUAUCACCAGUAUAAAUUGAACGAACAUUACCAAGGCCGACAUAAACUUCCGAAAC